AUGUCCUCCGCCGGCCCUUCUACCGCCCAGAUUCCCCAAUUUGACGCUGCUACCAGGCAGGAGUUGGAAGGCUUCCUCGAGCAGGAGCAGGCAAAGGCGAAGCUCCAGGCAAGCGUGCAUGAGCUCACCAACACAUGCUGGAACAAGUGCAUCACCGGCGGCAUCUCGACCAAAUUCUCUCGGGGCGAGGCAUCAUGUCUCGAGAACUGUGUCGACCGGUUCCUCGAUAGCAGCUUGUUCAUUGUCAAGCAGAUCGAAGCGCAAAAGCAGCACAUGUAA